GCCUGUGACCGAGACCAGCAGUGCGGAGGAGGGAUGUGCUGUGCCGUUAGCCUCUGGAUCCGCAGCCUGCGAAUGUGCACGCCGAUGGGAAACCUGGGAGAGGAGUGCCAUCCUUUGAGUCACCGAGUUCCCUUCUCCGGGCGGCGGAUGCACCACACCUGCCCGUGUCUCCCCACCCUGGCCUGCGUACGGACUUCUCCCAGCAAAUUCAAAUGUUUACCAGACUUCAGAAAAGAAGAUGUGUUUUUUUAG